CGGGACCUGACGCUGGCCCUGGGGGCCGCCGUGGCCGCCUUCGGCUCCCUCCUCUUCAUCGCCUGGAAGAUCUACUUCCGCGGCAUCGGCACCGGCAUCGGCUGGAGCGACUGGUGGGAGCACGAGCUGCAGGAGCUGCGGGACCGAGCUCCCCCCGGCGACGCGCUGGACUGGCGGCAGGUGCUGGUGCUGGGGCUGGACGGGGCCGGGAAGAGCAGCGUCCUGCACUACAUCUGCAGCCAGACGGCCAGGGAGCACAUCGCACCCACCCGCGGCUUCAACUCUGCCCAGCUCUACGUCGAGGGGCUGGAGAUGGACCUGCUGGAGGUGGGUGGCAGCCAGAACCUGCGAGCAUACUGGCCCCACUACCUGAGCCAGGCCCAUGUGCUGGUGUUUGUGGUGGACUCAGUGGACAGGUCGCGCCUGCUGACAGCGCGCCAGGAGCUGCACACGCUGCUGGCCGCGGAGCCCCGGCUGCCCCUGGUCGUGCUGGCCAACAAGCAGGACAAGAGCGAUGCCCUGAGUGCAGCAGAGCUGCGGGAGGAGCUGGCCCUGCACACGCUCAGUGAGCAGCGGGAGCUCUUCCUCCUGCCCACCAGCGCGACCUGGGCCAGCCUGAGCACUGCCACCAGCGUCCUACGUGUGAAGAGCCUGUUGGUCACCCUGCUCUCCCAGCUCUGAGCCCGUGCCGGGGGUGGACAGGCCCCUACCUCCAGCAUGGUUCCUCUUUGGGGUCUGUGGUGCGACAGUGGAGGCAGCUGGGUGGGCGCAGGUGAAGCUCAGACUCCCUGGUAGCAGGUUGACAGUCCUGGGGUGUCUGCUGCACCCCAUGAGGUUUGGGGUUGAGCUGUGGCACAGCUGCCCUCAGGGAACACGAGUAGCAGGCUCUGCUCUCUGCUGUGGGGAGAGGGUAGCUGCCUUCACCACUUCAGGGACAAAAUCUCCCUUGGGAUGGAGGCACAAGCACGGCUCUUACCUCCUGGUGAGUGGGAACAUGCAGCACAGGGCAGAGCCCCACAGCUUCAUGGCAGCCCUGCAGGAUAUUAAAUGAAUGGGGCUGAAUAAGCGAGGUAACCCUCUCGUCUGCUGGCACGGACAGGUCAUCCCAGGAGAUGGGCUCUCCUUCCUGAAAAACUUGAGGAGUUACUGGUGGCACAGCCCUGCUGGCACAGUGUGCGCCAGUGGAAAUAACCAGCUCAGGAUGUCCCUUACUGGGGCUGAGCACAGCUCUCAACUCCCCCAGUAUUUAGAGCCCUGUUUAGGGGAGAUGAAGGCAAAUAUCACACAGCUCUGCGCUGCCCCUUCACCCUGAGAAAGGGUGAAGAUACUGUUUGGUAGGAGCAGCACCCAGCAGGCAUUUCCCCCCACCCCGGCCUGUCUCCCUCCCUCUCAGCUGCCCCAGGAAGAAGGGGAAGGAGCUGGGCUCAGGACCGCAGGAAGCCCUGCCUGCAGGCAGCAGGAAGACUGUGGAGGCCAGGGAACACAUCAGGGACACACCGGCCAGUCUUUGCUGCAAAACCUUUUGUAGUCUCUUCCUUUUGUCAAUAAAAGAGGCUGAUCACUCUGCGCUGCCCUCCAGCUCCUUGGCAGGGAAGGGGCCCCCAACCUGCUCUCCCGGGCUGGGGGCAGGAAGGUUGUUCAUGGGGAAGGAA